ACCCAGCUGGCUGGCGCAAAGCCUGUCGCCAAGGUCCUGGCGGGCCCGGGUCACGUCGCUGCUGGGCGGAGCCGGCAGAGCAAGGCUUUAAUAGGCGCGGCGCAGGGACACGCGGCGCGCCGGUGGCCCCCAGCAACGAUGGAGACUGCCAGGGACUACGCGGGAGCCCUCAUCAGGCCUCUGACAUUCAUGGGAUCACAAACUAAGAAAGUCCUGCUGACCCCCCUUAUACCAUCAGCUCGCCCUUUUCGAGUCUCAAACCAUGACCGAAGCAGCCGGCGUGGGGUGAUGGCCAGCAGCCUGCAGGAACUCAUCAGCAAGACUCUGGAUGUCCUGGUCAUCACGGCUGGAUUGGUCACGCUGGUACUGGAGGAGGAUGGCACUGUGGUAGACACAGAAGAGUUUUUUCAGACCUUAGGGGACAACACACAUUUCAUGAUCUUGGAAAAAGGACAAAAGUGGACACCGGGUAGUAAAUAUGUUCCUGUCUGCAAGCAACCAAAGAAAUCAGGAAUAGCCAGAGUCACCUUUGACCUAUAUAGGCUGAAUCCCAAGGACUUCCUCGGCUGCCUCAAUGUGAAAGCCACUAUGUACGAGAUGUACUCAGUGUCCUAUGAUAUCCGGUGCACAGGGUUCAAGGCCAUAUUGAGGAGUCUGCUGCGGUUUGUGUCCUAUGCUGCUCAGGUGACCGGACAGUUCCUCAUCUACUCAGGCACAUACAUGCUCCGAGCAUUAGGGGAUACAGAGGAGCAGCCAUCUCCCAAGCCUUACACCAAGGCCUGGUUCAUGUAGACAGGUUCAUAGCUACAGAGGGCCCAGCAGCUUCUUGGCCCAGCACGCACCUUCCCAUGUUAAUUUACUACCCCGGCUUGUAGGCUGUGGAUCACUUGUGUUCAGAAGGGAUGCCCCAAAUAGAAAGGGGCUUGGUGGUACAUAGUGCAGGGCUAAGCAGCAGGAUGGCCUCGAGGAGGAAGGAGCCACAGAGGGGCCUUCAAGGGCCAGAGGAAGGGACCAAGCAGAUGUGUCUAGGAGCAGCAUAUGCAGAUACAUUAGAACAUUUGGGUCCUUGCCUACUGCAAUAAACCAAUCACAAGACUCACUUGAA